CAACAACUGCUACGUGGGUUGCAACAAUUGGAUUGAUCCCUUCCAUCACUUCGAGCUUUCACUACUUUAGAUUAUCCCAUCUCCUUUUAUUUCUAUCGGGUGGCUUGUCAAUGGGGCAAGAAGGGGUGGUUCCUGUGCCCUCGGAAAGGGAGCAUCUGCUUCAUCUCAGACACACCGAAAGAGGGAGAGAAGAAACGACGUCAAUCGUCAUGGUGAAGGGGAAGAGGGUGAUACAGCGGAUAGAGAACGCGGCGAGCCGGCAGGCGACCUUCUCCAAGCGGAGAAACGGGCUGGCGAAGAAGGCCUUGGAGCUUUCCGUGCUCUGUGAUGCCGAGGUCGCGCUCAUCAUCUUCUCUUCUCAGGGAAAACUCCACGACUUCUCCAGCUCCAGUGUGCUUGAAACAAUCAAUCGUUAUCGAGCACAUUCAAGGGAAGACACCAUUAGCACAUCAAUGGAACAUGACAUCGAGGAACUGAAACGUGAAGAAGCAUGCAUGUCGAAGAAGAUGGAACUUCUGGAAGCUUCAAAACAGAAGCUCUUGGGCAAAAAUCUUGAGUCAUGUUCGUUCGAAGAACUGCAUGAGUUAGAAGGCCAGAUAGAACAAGGCUUACGCGACAUCAGAGUUAGGAAGUAUCAUUUGCUACAAGAGCGGAUAGCACAGCUCAAAGAGAAGGAGUGUUCCUUAAUCAAGGAGAACACACUACUGCGUAACGAGUGUCUGAAGUCCAUGGGACUGCCUCACUCACCAUUUACUGCUUCAAAGGAAGUUCUAUCACACAACAGACUUGUUCAAGACACCGAUGUAGAGACACAGUUGUGCAUUGGAUGGCCUGGAAGAGGAAGGACCCGUGACAACAGGUGAUUGAUUUCUUGGCAAUCCUCCAAUUUCCGUGGAGAUCAAAGGCUGCUGCCGAGCAAAGAAACACAAACGCAUGUUGCUCCUGUUCUUUUCUCGAGAACGAUUGACUGGUUAAUCUUGGUGUCAUGGUGGAGAGACAUAAACAUGGAUUAGCUGAGGUUGUCUCAAGUAGCGGCAACACAUGGUAGACAAUAAUAUCAUGCAGGAACUGCUAAUUGGCAAAAGGAAACUUGUGUUGGAGAAACUUGAACUGAGAGCUGACCGAGAGCAGGUUCAUUGCCUGAGCUUUGUCUGGUAUGUCACGAGAGCGAAUCUUAGUACAAGCUAACGCGAGCAGUUAAUUUAUGCUGCAUAAGGUUAACUAAGUUGUCCACGCUACAACGACUGACUACACUCUUCUCAGUGUAAUAGCUAAAGAGUCAUGGAGACAAUGGCCCAUAUAGAUUGAGCAGCAAUAAUGUAUGACAACCGUGCUUUCAUGCUAAAUUAGCAUCAGAAAUCUUAAUCCCAUCAUCAGUAAUUGUGUAAAGCUCAGGAAGCCAAAAGUUUAAACGAGCUUUACCGAUACUUUGUUUCCGCUUCUCUCGAACAAAAGAUUGUGC